AUGUUGGCAUGUGCGACAGAGGAGUCCGCCAGGCGAGUGCCUCCAUCACAGGCGUUGGACAGUCCAGAGAUGUCCUUGGGUUCCGAUCAUGGGUGCGAUCGGUGUUGUUGCCACACGGAGUGCGAGGCUCUUCGAGGAAAACGCUGGUGUCAGCGCUUUGCUCAGAUCACGUGUGAGACGUCAGCGCCUGUGGGGGCGGAAGAGCUCAUCAAACGGUUUGGACGUUUUUCUUAUCCCGCUGUGAAGCGGUGCAUGGUUGUCCAGAGGGACACUGGUGGGUUGGCCACCAUCACCACCACCACCCAUUCUGCUGUUGUCGAGUGGGACCGAGACGGGCCUUCGCCUGAGCCUGAGUUGGAGACUCGGUUGAACGAGCGGGCGCGAGACGAACUUUUCACGGCCGCAGAUGGCUGUAUCUCCGUGCAGAGUUGGAUGCUUUCUUGCUGCGGUUAUGGAGCAGACAGUGGAAUUGGCGUGUGGAGUGGCGACAUGAAGCUGGGCCUCGUUGCGGGAGACCGCGACCUCUUGGACGAUCUCAAGCGAGAGUUCGCCGUCGUGAGACCGGUUUUGGGUCAGUGA